CACUAAAUAUGGCAACUGUACUUCCAAAAAUCGAGCAGCUUUCUUCUCGCGUUUUGCGGAUAUUAGGCUGCAAUCCUGGUAGUUUCAGGUUGCAGGGAACCAAUUCAUAUCUGGUUGGAACAGGUAAAAGGAGAAUCUUGAUUGACACCAGUGAUCCUGACAUCCCUGAAUACAGCAAGACUCUCGCCAAAGUUUUGAAGGAGCACAACCUGGGCAUACAGGAGAUCAUAGUGACACAUUGGCAUCUGGAUCAUGUUGGGGCAGUGCCUGACAUCUUUAAGGAGCUGGCCCUUGACGACACACCAGUUUCAAAAAUCAAAAGGAAGCGUGUUCCAGACUUCAACAUUGGACCAAAUGCAAAAUAUAACUUCAUCGAGGAUAAUCAUACAUUUAAAACUGAAGGUGCUUCAUUGAAACUCUUUCAUACCCCUGGCCAUGCUGAGGACCACGCAGCUCUGCUGUUAGAGGAAGAAAAUGCUAUAUUUUCAGGGGAUUGUAUCCUGGGAGAGGGUACAUGUGUGUUCGAAGAUCUCUAUGACUACAUGAAUUCCUUAGACAAGAUUCGCAAGUUCAACCCUGUGUGUAUUUACCCAGGCCAUGGGCCCGUCGUCACAAACGGUGUAGAAAAGUGUACGGAAUACAUUAACCAUAGGUUACUACGGGAAAACCAGAUAGUGGCCGUCCUGAAAGAGCAUGCUGGGAAAUGGAUGAGUGCGAUGGAUAUUGUCAAGAUAGUUUAUGCAGAGACACCAGAAAGCCUCCAUUUCGCUGCUGCAGGGAAUGUGAUGCUGCACCUCGGGAAGUUGUCCAGAGAGGAUAGAGUUGAUCAUGAGGGUGAUCUCGAGGCAGUGAAGGCAGUGUUCGAUUUGGCGAAAUCUGAAAUGGAGAGUGCUAUGGGGAGUGUAGAGGACAUCAAGUGGAAAUGGAAAGUCUCGGCUGGGCUGUAGAGGCAGGGCUGUAGUGGCAAGGCUGAGGGGUGUCGAGUGCAACCGGAAUCAGGCAAGGAUUCUGCUUCAGCGAUCUUGAAUCGUGAUGUCAUCCUCAACAGUGUCCACCACGUUAAACCCUUUGCUACUUGCAGGGUUUUGGCAGUGUACCGUACCCUAUCCCCGCAACCGUUACAGACCGGGUGACCUGGAUCCCAGCUUGGCUCAGGAAAAGUUUCAAUGUGAAGUAGCUGGCAUUAUUGGGGACUAGGUCUGCAUUGAGUUAAGUGCAGUGCUGCCAUCUUGUUUUUCAGGUGCUACCAAUCAAAAACUGUGAUAGCCCGAUUAUAUGUAUGUGUCAGUUGUAAAAUUAUGUAAGUUAGUGAAACUUCUAUGAAUUGUCUUGUAAGAUGAAAUGAAGAAAUUUUGAUAUUUAGAUUCAGGUUUAUAGAUGAAAAAUAGAUAAUAAUAAAUUAAUGAAAUUU